UGCGCGUUCAGGCAGGAUAGGAGGGCGCGCGGGACAUCAGCACACCGGCCGGGUCAAGAAGCUGCAAGGAUGGAGAUCCGACCAGACAGGUUUAAGGCGGUCGCGGGCAAAACUCUGGGGAAAAUUCACAGGCUGAUUGAGAAGCGGCAGCCCAAUGGAGAAACCAUUGAAUUGUCAGCGGAGGGCCGUCCUGAGCUGGUGGAGGAGAAGGAGCUGCCGGUGGUGGACUGUACCUGCUUCGGCCUACCGAGGCGGUACAUCAUCGCCAUCCUGUCUGGCUUGGGAUUCUGCAUCUCUUUUGGUAUCCGGUGUAACCUGGGUGUGGCCAUUGUAAGCAUGGUCAACGACCACACUGUCUACAAAGGCAACAAGGAAGUACUUGUGGCUGCACAGUUCACCUGGGACCCUGAGACGGUGGGGAUGAUCCACGGCUCCUUCUUCUGGGGCUACAUCGUCACACAGAUCCCGGGUGGCUUUAUAUGUCAAAAAUUUGCAGCCAACAGAGUAUUUGGCUUUGCCAUAGUGGCCACAUCAACUCUCAACAUGCUGAUUCCAUCUGCUGCUCGCUGCCAUUACAGCUGCGUCAUACUGGUCAGGAUAUGCCAGGGCCUUGUUGAGGGUGUAUCAUACCCAGCCUGCCACGGGAUCUGGGCCAAGUGGGCACCUCCUCUUGAAAGAAGUCGAUUAGCCACAACAGCCUUUUGUGGAUCCUAUGCAGGGGCGGUGGUGGCCAUGCCUUUAGCUGGGAUACUGGUGCAAUACACUGGGUGGCCUUCAGUAUUCUAUGUCUAUGGCAGCUUUGGGAUAUUCUGGUAUCUGUUCUGGGUUCUGGUGUCAUAUGAGAGUCCCGCAGCCCAUCCCACCAUCACACCAGAGGAGAGGAAGUACAUUGAAGAUGCAAUCGGAGAGUCUGCAGCAUUUCUUAAUCCUCUCCAAAAAUUUAAAACCCCAUGGAGACACUUCUUCACCUCCAUGCCAGUCUACGCCAUCAUUGUGGCCAACUUCUGCAGGAGCUGGACCUUUUACCUGCUGCUCAUCAGCCAGCCAGCCUACUUUGAAGAAGUCUUUGGCUUUGAGAUCAGCAAGGUGGGCAUGGUGUCAGCUUUGCCCCAUCUGGUGAUGACCAUCAUUGUGCCUGUUGGAGGCCAGUUGGCAGACUACCUGAGAACCCACAACCUGAUGUCCACCACCAACGUCAGGAAGCUCAUGAACUGUGGAGGUUUUGGGAUGGAGGCCACCCUCCUGCUGGUGGUGGGAUACUCUCAUUCAAAAGGUGUUGCCAUUUCCUUUUUGGUCCUCGCUGUGGGUUUCAGUGGAUUUGCCAUCUCAGGGUUUAAUGUCAAUCACUUGGAUAUCGCCCCUCGAUAUGCCAGCAUACUGAUGGGCAUCUCAAACGGGGUGGGAACACUAUCUGGAAUGGUGUGUCCUCUCAUAGUGGGAGCCAUGACCAAACACAAGACACGUGAAGAGUGGCAGUAUGUCUUCCUUAUAGCUUCCCUCGUUCAUUAUGGAGGAGUGGUUUUCUAUGGACUCUUUGCAUCGGGAGAAAAGCAAGCAUGGGCGGACAUAGAGGACACGAGUGAGGAGAAGUGCGGUAUUAUAGAUGAGGAUGAACUGGCCAAUGAAACAGAGGAGCUCUACCGUGGAGGUGGGCAAUACGGGGCCAUAAACCAACCAGUUGUUGGAUCCAACGGAGGAGGGGCAGGAGGAGGAGGAGCUGGUUCUGGAUGGGUGUCGGACUGGGAUAAGUCUGAGGAGUACGUGCAGCCACCUGGAUACAACUCUUAUAUGUACGGUGGAGAAGAGGAGAGGGAGCUGACAUAGAAGAUCAACGUGAUAUGAGUUUAAAAACAAGAUAAAGAAAAGAGGAAGAUUGUUUUUGGAAGGGGAUUGUAAGAAAGUCACUGCUUUACUGAAUGGACCUGCUGUGUGCUUUUGUACAUUAUUAACGAUUGCACAUAUCAAAAGUAUGCAUCUGAUUAAUUCCAGUGUGUGUGUGUGUGUGUGUGUGUGUGUGUGUGCGUGCAUGCGUGCGUGCGUGCGUGCAAGUGUUUGUGUGUGUGUAGGCACGUGCAUGCAAGUGUUAGAGUGAUCAAUGUACACAAACACACACAGUAUUCAUUAGCGAAAACUGAACUCAUAUUCCAGACUUCCUUCCUGCUCCUGAGCUCGUUGUGAUUGGUCAGGUGUUCUGUUUCCACGACAUCAGUGAGGAGAUUCUAUCUGUGCGUGUGUGUGUAUAUGUGUGUGUGUGGUGGACUUUUUGCCUGUACAGCAACUCUCUCAAGCCACUGGCAUUGUGUUGUAUUUAAAGUUUUAUGUGUAAGCCACACAUUUAGGUUUUUUUUUUUUUUGCUGGGAAAGCACCUUUGGGGCCUCAGUUUGGAAACACAAAGGUUUGGUUUGGCAAAAUCAAAAGACUUG